GGCUUUGUCAGUGUUGACAGAGGGGCAGCAUGAGAUACUUCUCUGCUCGGGACAUGCAAGCAUGGGGAUAUUUGGAGGAAAAGUCAGUUUGACAGCUCACUCACUGAGAAGAGACAUGUGGAGGACUCUAACACUUUCCCUUAUAGUUGUGCUGGUGCUGGAAACAGAGGUGUCCCAGUGUGAGGAUGUUGGGUCUGUGGCAGCUGAUGAAACAGGGCUGACAAUACACCAGGAGAAUAUCAGCGACAUAUCCAGUGUGCUAGGAACGUCCCGAUACCAGAUCCUGGCUGCUCAGUAUGAGUGUUACCUGAAGAUCAUCUAUGAUCCACCACCCCCUGAAAAAGGUACUUACUGUAACCGUACGUGGGACGGCUGGCUGUGCUGGGGGGAUUCAACUCCUGGGACCGCAAUGCAGAUGUGUCCUGCAUACUUUCAUGAUUUUGACCCAGCUGAGAAAGUUUCCAAAGUGUGUAAUCCUGACGGCCAGUGGUUCCAUCAUCCAGUUAGCGACAGAGUCUGGAGUAACUACACCAUGUGUCAGGCCUACACCAAAGACAAAUUCAAGUUUGCCAUCAGUCUCUACUACCUGGCCAUGGUGGGUCAUUGUUUGUCCAUUGUCUCGCUGAUUAUAUGUCUGAUCAUCUUCUCCUACUUCAAGAGUCUCAGCUGCCAGAGAAUCUCGCUCCACAAGAACAUGUUUCUCUCCUUCAUCUUGAACUCCAUUGUCACCAUAAUGUGGCUCUCACUCACCGCAGCCAAUGACCAAACCAUAAGUACCAGCGACUCCGUGAGCUGUAAGGUCCUGGCUGUGCUCACUCAGUAUGCAUCUACUUCCAAUUACUUCUGGAUGCUGUGUCAGGGCAUCUACCUCCACACACUCAUCAUAGUGGCCGUGUUUGUUGGGGAACAGCAGCUCUUCUGGUACUACGUGCUGGGAUGGGGUUUUCCAAUUGUUCCUGCAGCAACAUAUGCCGUAGCUCGCGGACUCUACUUUAACGACAAGUGUUGGAUCAGCUCACACACUCAGUUGCUCUACAUCAUCCAUGGGCCCAUUCAAGCUGCACUGUUUGUGAACUUUUUAUUUCUCCUGAACAUCGUCCGAGUUCUGAUCACCAAGCUGAAGGGGACCCACCGUGCUGAGUCCACAGCCUACAUGAAGGCAGUUCGAGCCACCCUUAUCCUCAUCCCUCUGCUGGGAGUCCAGUUCAUCCUUUUCCCCUGGAGGCCAGGGGGACGCAUUCCCCGGGCCAUCUAUGAUUUCUUUGUAAAUAUCUUCAGCCACUUCCAGGGACUCCUUGUGGCGAUUAUAUUCUGUUUCUGCAAUAAUGAGGCCCAGGCAGCACUGAAAAGGAAGUGGUAUCAGCGGACGUUUGCCUGGGGCAGAACCAGCUGGGCAGAAAGACCUAUCACCAACAACCACUUUAACUCCCAAACCAACUCCUCUAUCAUCGAGACGAGCCGCGCCACCAUCGGCUUGGAGCAGCCUUCUGCUUCGACCUCCUACCAAAAUGAAUGCAGCCUCGCCCUGACCAAGCUGCACCAGAGAGCGAAUGGGCAGAACAAGAACAGCAACACCUCCAGCAAUGGGGAGGUGGAAAUGCUCAAUAACCCAGUGACCACCGACAUCUGACGGUGACAGAGAAUGACUGAGGUUGCAGGUAUAUUUUCAAAAUAAAGGAUAACUGAUUUGGACGUUGUACAUAAUAUCUGAAGAGCACUUAAAAGCACGUGGUGUUCACACACAAGCACAAACAAUAGUAUGGUAACUUUUUUUGGGACUUGUAGGAACUGAGGAGAUAAUUGAUUUAUUUCAUGGUGUCGUAUAAUCACAGUAUAUGCCUAUGUUUUGUUGCUCGAUUUAUGUAAUUAAAUUACUAUUUGUUUUAUAGUAGAAAGGAGAAUGGUGCAAAUCCCAAACCAGCAGUCUUGAUAUCACAGAUAUGCUGUAUGCUGUACACAGGAAAUCUGUUGCCUUAUGAAGUUAUAUUCCACUGAUGUUAUCACACAUAUACUUUUACAAGCUGUUAUUGAAGAAAGACAAUCAUCUAUUGAAGGAAACCCAGCAUCCAAAUCUUAGCUGGUUCAGAAAAGUAAAGCUGCCGCCCAUUGUUAGCAAAAGCGAAAGCAACACAGUAACCGCUCACAUUUUGAUUCAGAUUGAAUGUGUCAAUGUGUGCAAAGUGCAUUAAGAGAUACAUGUACACUUUUCAUUCGUAGAACAUAAUAAACUAACACGGUAACUACGUAACUGAGUAAAGACCAGAAUAUGACUUUUUGACAUUUGUUUUACAAAAUAAUAAAAAACAGACACAAAUAUUGUCUGCUAAAACAGGGGAAACAGGAAACCAAUUUAACACAUAUAUAAGAUACAUUGAACUAAUUUUAAUUCAAUUGGCAGACACUUUUGUGUGAGAUAACAUUAAGUAUGAAAUCUGUUCGGUGAGACAAAGAGCAAGGAGAUCAGGACAUGGGAUACACAGUAAGUGUGAGCAGGUGUUCGAAGUGUAAGGAGAAGAGAUGCUUUUGUCAGGAGGAAUAGAAAAUUUCUCAAGAGGUUGUUGAAGGUGGAGAGCGACCCUGCUGUUCUCAAAGCAUUUAAUAGCUCCUUCCACAAUCAGAGUCUGGACUGUGAGUAGGUUGCGUGCAGGAAUGGCAAGGCCAGAAGAAGAAGUGCUAUGAAUUUGAUUUGGGCAACCAUAGCUUGGCAGUGGAGGUUAAUGAGUGGUCAAGUAACAUGCCAUCUUUUAGGCCGAUUGAAGAACAGACAUGCCACUGCAUCUUGGACCAUCUGUAAUUGUUUCACUGUGCGUGAAGGCAGACCCACUAGAAGGCGUUGUAGUGGUCAGUAGUUGAGGUAAGGGAUAACCAUGGUCUCAACCAAGAGUCAGGUAGGUCCUGCCCUGAUUCAUUUUAUGUUGUUGUAGAGUGUCAAGUGGGAUGACCAGGAAACAUAUGCGACAUGAGGAUAGCUGGUCAUCAAUCAUGAGGCGGGUUUUUCUUUAUCCAUGUAGAUAUGUCUGAAAGUUACAAACCUUUUGAGCAGAUCACUGGACCCAAGGAACUGGAGUGUAAUACGGAGAGAGGGGGCCCAGCACAGAGCCUGGGGGCACCCCACAUUUUUUCCUUGCCAUGACUCUGAAAAAAACAUGCAGUGAAGUUUGAUUCAAACAAAGAUUGCAAUAUUUCUCUGGAUGCAAUUAUCAGAAAAUAGGGAUGGCAGGAUGUGGUGGUUCGCCUUGUCAAAGGCUACUAAGAGCUGGGGACUGAACCGCAGAUGUAACUUCUGUCACAGAAAACAUAACUGUUUCACUGGUGCAGUCACUCUUAGAGAAUGACGGACUUGGAUCAAGAGGAGUAAGAGUAAUUCUCAGAUCUGUUGGGAAAACCACACUUUCAAUAGCCUGAGGUAAUAAUUAAGAUAGUUUUCAACCUGAGCGGGGUCAAGGCUUUUAGAGCAGAGGUGUUUCUAAAGCCUGUAAACAUACAGCUUUGUUCCCAAAGCCAGUGAAGCAUUUAUCAUAUGUGGGAUUGCUGGUACCAUGGUAUGAGUUAUGGCUUAGAGGAGGUUGGUAGGAAUGGAUUCAAGCACACAUGUGUAGGAUGACUAAGUGUCUGCUGUGUUGAUGCUGUGUUUUCAUUAAGUAGUGAAUGAAGGAAAUCAUCUGCUCUGCUUAUCUUGCAGGUGCUCUGCCCUCAGAGAAUCGACUGCUGAUUGCAAUCUUUUCAGCAAAACAGGCAAUGGUAUCAAUUGAGUAAUUAUUAAGUUAGAUCUCAUAAGGCGAUUCAGUGAGCUGCCUAUAACUGAAUAAAACAGCAGCAUUGAGGAUUGACAGAAGAAAGUAUCCAGCGGAACUCCGCAGCUAAAGCUAAGUAGAGCAGCAGUCACUCAAAGGAAAACCGAUAGGGUGUAGGAAUGGGCUGUGAAUAAUACCUAAUAAAUCAAUUAAAACAAUUUCAAAAGUAAUAUGAAGGAAUUUGUUGGGUAAAUCAAAGCGUAAAAGGCAUACAACUAAGGCAUUAUAACAACCUCUUUCUGACAGUUUUCUUGCAGACCGGAAAACCUGUUUUCUUUAGGCACCAACAUCGAACAGAGAUGUCACACCUCAGCCUUGCGUUGUAAAACUAGUUCUUUGCAGGCAAAUGUUAAGUUUGGACACAGAACAGAGGAAAUGUUUUAUCGCCUCGUUAUCACAGAAGAAGUUCAUUAUCACUAUGUUUGCUUUGGCAGGUAUGAAUUAUGUUAUGUUGAAAGGGCUUUCAUGGUUUCUUUACACAGCUGUCAGACUUUAGCCUAAUCUAUCAAUGACAUUUUUGAAAGUAUCUAAUAUUAAUGUAAACUAGUGUGUAGUGAAUUAUAAGCCUGGUCUGCUCCACACCUUUUUACUUUACCUGGAAUUAUAUUAGACGUUAGAGUUAUAACACAAAUUUCCAGUGUCAGUUGAGAAGUACAGAAAAUAAUCGAGCUGUGGUGUGAAAGACAUUAAACAUAGUAACAACAUAGUAUACAGAGGAGGUUCAUAAUCCCAGCGGUGUAUUGAAUAAUCUAUUCUGAGCUGUGUGUGCACAUAUUCUUUUCAUAAAUACCCCUCUCACUUAUUUAAAGUUUCACACACUUUCAUUUUUAUUGCAAUAUAACAGAAGAUUUAAUGUGAUGUAAAUGUAGAGCUACACAUAAAAAAAUACAUUUUACUACGUUUGGCUGAGGAUGACAGAGCUUUUACAGACACAGAGCUGUGCCAAAUUUGUUUAGAAAUAAGUGAGUUUUUCUUCUGUAUAACUCCAAUUCAGUCAACAUUGGUAGGAGACUUUUAAAGAUUUGUCAUGUCUUUAUUGUAAUACUGUUCCAAUUGCUUUGUUAAGUUCAAUAUUAUUUUAUAUUAAGUUGUGGCUGUUGAAAAAGUAACUGUUUGAUUGUUUCUUUUGGUUUGUAAAAUAAAGUACUUAAUUCGA